UACGACUGACGCAUCUUCAGCAUCUUCAGUGCAACACUGCAAAGAGAACCAGUUUGUUUUCCGAGCUUGACCGUGUCAGACAGAAGAAAAAGUGCAUUCGCCAUUGUGUGCAACUUUGGAGAAAGAACAGUUAACUUUUGUUAUUUUUUGUGAUCGAUGAUAUUAUGCACUUUGUUAGUGAUUUAAAAGAUUGGUAAUUUUCGUUCCUGCUAGCGUAUGAUGAAACUAAUCCGUUCCAAGCGCAGAAGAAAACACUCUAAUUAGUGACCAAAUCUAAUUAGGCGAAGGAGUGCGUUUCCUGGGUUGGAUCGAUCGAUUUGCAGUUAGCUACCAAACACUGGGAGUGAAGCUUCAGUGAUGUUGAGCGACUACUCGCUUCUAUCGUCCGAUGGGGACGAAUCUAGCAGCUACGCGGAAAACACCGAGGACGACACGGAGGAGGAUGUGUUCUUCCAGCUGAGCGGUGUCGGAGUGGAAGAUAGCGGGGGAAAUCGUGGGAAACUGGUUACGAUCAAUCAGUACGCGCAGGAUGUGGUGGAUUUCAGCUCGCAGUACGGGAGCGACACGAGCAUCUCCUACACGGCCUUCAACGUGACGGGGAAACCUUCCAAGUUUCCGGACUAUGGUGACUUUCCGGAAACGUUUGCUUUCCGCACUUACGGUCCGUGGUGGAAGUUGGCCCCAUCGGCGCAGAGAGAAUUCAGCCCACAAAAUUUCACCGAGGCACCCUUCGUGGAUGACUACAUUCUACUGCGCUUCGAAGAGGCCGUCUAUCCGGAAUCGAUCAAAGUCUUCGAGACGUACAAUCCGGGAGGAAUUGUCCGCAUCUGGGCCUACACCGAGGAAUGGAUCUGCCUGUGGGACAUCAGCGAAGCGGACGAGAGUUGCACGCUGAUCGAUCGGAACAAGGCUCGGGUUUUUGCUCCUCGGUUAAGGCACUGCUCGGAGCCAACUCGCUACAUCCGACUAGAGUUCAAUCAUGCUCAUCUUCAGUACUCCACCCAGCUGGACGCGGUUCUUCUGGUCGGACAGAAGUUUGUGCCUUGUGGUGUCCCCAGGGGGAAACAUCCGUUGAGUCUGUUGAUCGAGAAGGGUCCCAUCCAGAAGAAGCUAGAGUUGGAGAAAUUUCGUCCGGUUGCUACGGCGAAUCGGGAGGAGAUUCUUCAAGAGUUCCUACGAAAUGGAUUGGAUGAGUUCGUUCAAGGAUUAAACCAACGGCAAUCUUCCAACGAAGAACAAGAUGAAAGCCUUGCGGAGAGUGAUAGUCGAUGUGAGACACCGAAUGCCGAAACGAGUUCUACAAUUGCCGAAUUGACCCUUGAACAACUGCCCUAUGAAGUCCUCUUCAAGAUAAUGUCCUUUCUGGAUCUGAAAUCGCUGUACCGCUGUGGGCGAGUUUGUCGUACUUUCAAUCAGAUUGUGGCGGUGAACUCGCUGCUCUACUCGGAAGUCACCCUGAAACCAUACUGGAAUUGCGUUUCGACGGCGCUGCUGAACUCGCUGAAAAAGAGAUGUGCUUACACGAAGAAGCUGGACCUAUCGUGGUGCGGCACGUUCAACAAACUCACCGCCACCGAUUUCAAAGACUUUCUCGCCGUUUGCGGCAGCAACCUAACCCACCUCCGGAUGGAUUCCUGCAAGUUCCUGUCCACCGGUAGCUGCCUCGAGUCGAUCGGUUCGCACUGCUUCGAAAACCUCCGGGAACUGACCCUCCAAAACUACCACCCCGAGGCGGAAGACUUCUCCGGUCUGUACUACUUCCGCAAUCUGGAACGCCUGGACCUGAACCGCACCACCAUCAGCACUCAAUCUCUCCUGAUAGUCCUCGCCCGAAACGAACACCUGCGCCACCUGAAUCUGGCCUUCUGCUCCAUGGACGUCAAUAUGGACGACAUCGCGCUGCAGAUCUCUAAAUACAACCGCAGCCUGAUCUCGCUGGACAUGUGGAAAUCCCAUUCGCUGACCUCCCUUGGAUUAGAAGCCCUCAGCAAGUGCACCCUUCUGGAAGAGGUCGACUUCGGGUGGUGCCUUCGGGAGGAACCCUCCCCGGGCGAAUCCGUCCGACUGCUGGUCAAAAGCUGUCCCCGACUGAGGAAACUCUUCCUGGCGGCGAUCCGUGGCCUGACGGAUCGGGACCUGGAGGUGAUCGCCUCCAACGGGGAGAAUCUCGAACAGCUGGACCUGAUGGGCAUCAUGGGCAUUUCGACGGAGAUGUGCUACCGGAUUCUGUGCCGCUGCCGGAAGUUGAAACUGCUGGAUUUGAGCUUCUGUGAUAAUUUGGACAACUUGCAGAUUGCGCUGUGGAGGGACUGCUUUGACGUGGCCAUCAAGCGCAGCUUUGUGGACUUUGGGCUGACGCGCGGAGCGGAGUUUUGAAGGUUGGAGACAAGAAGAGAGGCGGUUCAAGCAUUCCUUAGUUUUAGUUUCAUUCUGUGUUCUGUGAAGAGAUUUUUGUUUUCCGAUUUUGAAAUUGUUGUGAUCCCUUAGGAAUGAAGUAUUUUAAGAGCACGAUACGAUUAGAAGGUAUUUUAUCUAUAUUUAUGUGACUGAAUUGUGUCGAUGGCGAGUAGAUUUGGCCAAAAGAGAGGUUUAUUAAACAGAUAUCAAAUAUUUAUUGUA